AUGGGCGUGGUGUCACCCCUGGGCCACGAGCACGACGAGCUGUACACAAACUUGCUCGCCGGCAAGAGCGGCGUGACGGAGAUCGGAGGCUUCGACGCCAGCGACUUCAGUACACGGUUUGCAGGGGAGAUCAGGAGCCUGGAGACCGAGGGGUUCAUCCAGAAGAAGAUGGAGAGGCGACUGGACAAGUGCAUCAAGUUUGUGAUGGUGGCCGGCAAGAAGGCGCUGCAGGAUGCGUCUCUGCCGUUUGAGGGCAAGGAGCUGGGGGACCUCAACAGGGCCAGGUGCGGCAUCCUGAUCGGCAGCGCGUUUGGCGGCAUGUCCACCUUUGCCACCGCCGUGGAGGCCCUGGAGACGCAGAGCUUCCGAAAAAUGAACCCCUUCUGCAUCCCAUUCGCGAUCACCAACAUGAGCGGCGCCCUGCUGGCAAUGGACCUUGGCUUCAUGGGGCCGAACUACGCCAUAAACACGGCCUGCGCGACCGGCAACUACUGCAUCACGGCGGCGGCGGACCACAUCCGGCGCGGGGAGGCGGACCUGAUGCUCGCCGGCUCUGCUGACGCGGCGGUGCUGCCCAGCGGCAUCGGCGGCUUCAUCGCGUGCAAAGCCCUGUCCAAGCGCAACGACGCGCCGCAGGCCGCCAGCCGGCCGUGGGACAAGAACCGGGACGGAUUCGUGAUGGGAGAGGGCGCGGGCGUCCUGGUGCUUGAGGAGCUCAACCAUGCCCUGGCCCGCGGCGCCAGGAUAUACGGGGAGUACCUGGGCGGCGCCUUCACCUGUGAUGCCCACCACAUGACAGAGCCCCUGCCAGACGGCGGAGGCGUGCGGCUGUGCAUCGAGCGCGGCCUGGCCAAUGCGGGCAUCGCGCCCGAGCGCGUGAGCUACGUGAACGCACACGCCACCAGCACCCCGGCCGGAGACAUGGCGGAGUACCGGGCCAUCACGUGA